AUGGCUCCCUCGACUCAAAAGCAGUGGACCGUUCAGAACAAGGAAGAUGGAUUCGAUGCCCUGAAGUUCGCUGAGGCACCCGUCCCAAAGGUCGGGGAGAAUGAGGUGCUGGUGAAAUUCCACGCUGCUUCGCUCAACUACCGCGACCUGAUCAUCCCCCAGGGAACCUAUCCCUUCCCUCUUAACUUCCCAGUUGUGCCUGGCUCCGACGGUGCUGGUGAGGUGGUCGAGACUGGUCCCAAGGUCUCGCAAUUCAAGAAGGGAGACAAGGUCGUCACCCUAUUCAACCAGUUGCACCAAUACGAUCCCAUCGACCCCAAAGGCACCAGCUCUGGCCUUGGUGGUAUGAUUGACGGCACUCUCCGCGAGUAUGGAGUCUUCAACGAGAACGGUCUUGUCAGAGCCCCGAAGAACCUGAACUACCUCGAAUCCAGCACUCUCUCCUGUGCAGCUCUCACAAGCUGGAAUGCGCUGUAUGGCAUUAGGCCUCUGGUGCCUGGACAAACGGUCUUGGUGCAGGGAACUGGCGGUGUUAGCAUGUUCGCCUUGCAGUUUGCCAAAGCCGCUGGUGCCACGGUGAUCGCAACCACUUCGUCGGAUGCGAAGGCCAAGAAGCUGAAAGAGCUCGGCGCUGACCACAUCAUCAACUACAAGACUCAGCCCAACUGGGGCGAGGUGGCACGCAGCCUUACUCCCGAUAAUGCUGGUGUCGAUCACAUUGUGGAGGUCGGAGGCAGCGGCACUCUGGAGCAGAGCUUCAAGUGCAUCAAGUACGAAGGUGUGAUCAGCAUCAUCGGAUUUGUGGGAGGUGCCGACCCCAAGUCGCAGCCCCCUGUUCUCGCUACGCUGAGCAACAUCUGCACGGUGCGCGGUAUCUACGUCGGCAGCAAGGCUAUGAUGAACGACAUGGUUAAGGCGAUUGAGGCCAACGACAUUCACCCGGUGGUGGACGAGCAGGUUUUCACUCUGGAGAAGACCAAGGAGGCUUAUGAGUACAUGUGGGCCCAGAAGCACUUCGGAAAGUUGACCAUCAAGAUUGAGUAA